AUGAUUUUCUACAAGAAGGCAUUUGUCGAGAUGUUUACGUACUUUGACGAUCUUCUGCACUCUGAUGAUUCAUCUACGAUUCAAGUGAGAAAGAAGCAUAUUGGAGAGAAUAUCGAAGUGGGUUUGAAGUACACGAAAACAUUCCUGACCUUCGUCACCGCUGGUGGAUGUGUUAUAAAUUGCUAUGAUCUGUACGAAACGAACUUCACCUCACCCAUGCGCUUCCUGAUCCCAGGAAUCCCUCAAAGCAGCAUCUUUUUCUAUCCUUGCAAUAUCAUUUACCAAAUAUGUUUCUACUUUGCCAUUCUGCACAUUGUCAUGGGAGUGGAUUGUGUUAUCAUGAUUACCAUUUGUUACUUUCGCGGUGAAAACAUGGCCAUUGUGGAAUUAAUUGGACAGCUUGAUGGCUCAGAUUGUGAUCAGGAGUACAAAAAAGUGCUCAAAAUGGUGUACGAAAUACAUCAAAUUGUUUCGAAAAACAUUAAGGAUUUAUUGGGCAGUUAUUGGCACAUUUACUUUUAUAAACUGAUAACGAUCAUCAUGUAUCUUUGCUUUGUGUUCUUCAUCUUUCAAUCAUCACACACAAACAUUAUGAUUGCACUUCUUUGCACUGUAAUCGUCAUGGGAGAGAUAUUCAUCAUCUGCUUUUUCGGGCAAUUGCUUAAGAGUAGCGCUGAAGAUAUCUCAGAAGCUCUCUACAUGACGAAAUGGUAUGAAAUGGACGUGAAGGAUCAGAAAAAUGCUCUACUCUUGCUCAUGAGGUUCCAGAGACCGGUCAAAAUCGAAGCCUUUGGCUUUGGUGUGAUUUCAAUUUAUACCUUUGUUCAGGUGAGUGUAGAAUUUGACAAAGAUCCUAUGUUCCUAACGCCUUUCUGUCCAACAGAUUGUUAAAGCCGCCGCAUCGUACGCCAGCAUUGCUUAUACAGUAUUUAAGUAAUGUUAAUCUCAUAACAUUUUUAUCUGAAUAUUUUAGUGCUCAUGAAUUAGUUUUUCUUGGCUUUGUGUUAAUUAAUUUCUCAAUCACACUCCAUAACCUACCUUUCGUCUUCACCUGCUUCUCUGUCCUGGGAUCUUCAGACGUCUUAUCAGU